AUCCCGGGGGAUUAUUUUGAUGGCACAGGUUACGGAAAGGUUGCUGUAUUACGUUCCAAUGUUAUUAUUAAGUCCGUAGUUAGGAGUCAUCAAAUGGAUGCAGUGCUUUUUUAUAUGGGAAAUGAGAACUUGCACUUCUUAGUUACAUUUGAAGGAGGCUAUAUUGUUUUGCAAGGGGAAAAAAAGGACACAAAAUUUUUUGAAAAGUCAACAGAAAAAGUUCCCCUAAGAAACUCCAUCAAUAUCAAAAUGAUUCUGAAUGAUAAUAGACCAGCAACAAUAACUGUUGCAGACAGCAUCAACAUUUUUUUGGGAAACGUCAAGGGGCUCUUUGAGGAGGCCUACAUUGGGGGUGUUCCAACUGCAGUCCGGGAAAAAUAUAAUAUUGUUCUUCCGCCACUUAGAGGAUGUGUCAAAAACGUCAAUGUAGAUGUCGCUGCUUUCUUUAUAGAGGAAGUUGGAAUCGUCCAAGGUUGUCCAGAUCUUUUACUGGGUUCCCGAGAGGCUGCUUUGAAAUUUGGGAGUUCUCUCUCUCUGUCACCUCCUGUUAACGAUACAGACUCCGGGACAAUGGUUUCACUUGGAUUUAAGAUAUCCCAGGAUAAUGUUUCAUCCUUAAUACUGACUGGUGGAAUGAAUAAUGAGUUAUUGCUGUCUUUGAAAAAUGGCUAUGUUGAAAUGCGUGACAAUAUGGAAAAAUUAACAUCCACAUACAAAAGCGAAACUGGAAAAUGGCAUUACGUAACAGCCUACAAAAGUGGAGCAAGGAUGCAGCUAAACGUUGACAACACAGAUAGUGCAGAUCCCCUGUCACCAUCCACAUUCCCUGAACUUGGAGAAAAUGUGAUUUUAGGGGAUGGUUUAUUUGAAGGCUGUUUGAGGAACCUGUAUAUUCGGAGUCUACAGACCCAAUAUAUACCGGCUGACUUGAGCAGAUUCAGUCAGACUGGAAAUGUAUCUCUGGGAUUUUGUAAAGAAGAGCAUCUGGACACUACUAAGAGGCGUGCAAGACAUACUGGAAUUACAUUCAACAGCAAUUCGGAAAGAUCUAAACAAGGCUGUAGGAUCCCAAAGUCCAUCAAAAACACCUUCCACCUUGGUUUCAACAGCCAAAUGCAGUUUAAAAUAGAUCCAGAGAUACUCAGUAACAGGCUGCAUUUCUCCCUAAAUGUCCGUACCAAAUCAUCUGAAGGACUUUUACUCCAUGUCUUAGGGAAAUAUGGUGUUCCUCUUGUGAUUUUAUAUUUGGAUAAAGGAAAAGUCAAACUCUUUGUUGGGGCAGAUGAAACAAUCUCCUCUCAGAAGAUAAAUGAUGGUGACUGGCACAAUAUCAAGUUCAGCUGGAACCAAUACAACUAUUAUCUAGUGGUGGAUGGCGUUCCCACACCCGCUGGACAUUCGUUGAAAGGAUUCACACAUGAUCUGCAGUCUCCUGUCUAUGUGGGACUCGGAACAUUUCAGAUGCUUCACAAAACCCAAGAAAAAGUGCCUCAGAAGAGUAUAAUCGGAUGCAUUAAAGACAUCAGGGUUUCUAAGGUUCUCCUUGUGGAUCCAGCUGUCAGUCGUGGGGUUAUGCCCUGCUUCUAAGGCGUGAC